AUGCGCCCCUUCCUAGAGAAAAUUAUUGUGCACGCUCUGCUUGCCUCUGAAAGACAGAAAAUAGGGCAGUUCGAAGGGGCGUAUAGAAAACCCAGAAAAAGAAGAGAAGUGAAAACGCGGCCAUACUCUACGCAGGAGCAGCCCAGAGCUCCCCCAAGCAUAGAGUGCCGCCUGCUCUCAGUGGAGACAAGCCUUGGGCGCCUGCUCUCAACAGCUUCUAUAGAACACGCAGAAAGUGCGCAUUGGAGACCGUCCCAUGCAAUGGACCCUGCACUUUAUCGGUGCAGACACUGCCUCGGCUGGGCAUUUGAAACCAGAAAAAGCAUCUCUCUCCAUAACAUUGGCCUGUCAGCGCAGAAAACCCCCAAUAGAAAAAGAGUGCAAAACUAUAUUUCUGAUGUGCAAUAUAAUAUGUGA